GUCUUGGAAAUACACGCGAUAAAUUUUGAGGAGACCGUGCAGAUUUCACUCUCUUCCUACCCCCCCUUUGUUUCUAUUAAGCGGCUACCUCGACAUCGUUGUAUGAUCCAUGUAUACCCCUCAGCAAUCUCAUCCUCCUUGGAUUAACGAUUCAUCGCAAACCUCAACAUUACAGCAUAGUACCCCGCCCAAUUCUAAACUUGACAGAAAACGACAAGCUCAACAAUGGAUUGAAAAAAUCUUGGGUUACCAUCUUCCCACUGACGAUCUUCAGUAUGACCUUCAGGAUGGCGUCUUGCUCUGCCAAGUUUUAAACAAAGUGCGCCCAGGAACGAUACACAAUAUAGGCUACAAAGAUCACUCUUUUGUUAAGAUGGAAAAUAUCACCAACUUUUUGAACGGCCUCCGCCAGAUUGGACUUAAAAAUUCAGAAUUAUUCCAACCAAACGAUUUGUUCGAAAGCAAGGAUAUUAUGCCGGUGGUCAAUACUGUUUUAGCCUUGGAGCGAGCAAUCUCUACUAAAAGCCUGCCACCAGCCAGCAAAAAGAGAUUGUCACAAAUACCAAAGUCCAGCUUUUCCAAAACCACUCCAUUUGAAUUAUAUGAAGACUUGACACAUCCAGCGCCAAGCCUUUCACACUCAUCAGAAAUGAAGCUUCGUUCUACACUGAAUCACAUACCCAUGGCUGAACUGUCACUUAAUGACUCCCCGUUACCUAGCAGCGCCACUAUAAACCCUAAAUACAGUCGCAACAAGCAUCAUUCCGAACUAUCGUACAUGACCGAUAUGACACCGCAGGCCAUGCGUCGAAAAAAGUCUCGUUCCGAGAUUAUCACUGAUCAUAAAUCUUCUACUCGACAGAAAAUACCAUUUCACGCUAGAUACCAAGAAUGGAGUGAUCAACAUAAAGAUAAACUUUCUUCGUCGAGAGUGCAGCACACGCUUGGAUAUAACGACCCGAUGCUGGACAUCUCUGGACAUGACUCUUAUUUCACAUAUGAAGACGAACUAGACGAAUUUGGAAGUAUGCAGUCACCUAAUCCGUUUCCAUCUGUGUCAAGCCCCAUACCCACUGUCAAGGACUCGUCCGAAAAGACCAAUGUGUUCAAGAGCGGCAGUGUUGGAAAACACAAGGAAGAACGCCAAUCAAACCCUUUCUAUAACAAGCCAUCAGAAUCAAAGCGGAUGACAGAUAGCGGAAAAGAAAGGCUUAGUAUUUUCGAUGACGCUGGUGACUUGAUUGCACAAUACCAAUUGGGAAACUGUAUAGGGAAGGGUCAAUAUGGGUCUGUCUAUAAGGCUCUCAAUCUAGGAACAGGUCAAAUGAUGGCUGUCAAACGAAUAACGCUAGAAAGCGCCAACACAAAAGAAAUUGAUGAAAUCAUGAAAGAGGUGGAGUUACUGAAGUCGCUGUCUCACCCAAAUGUGGUUCAGUAUGAAGGAUUCAGUUUCAGUGAGAGUCACUUAAAUAUCAUUCUGGAAUAUGUGGAAAAUGGUUCACUGCACAACACUCUGCAGGCAUUUGGCGCCUUCCCCGAACGAUUAGUCGCAUCUUAUUGUGUCAGAAUUCUCCAAGGGCUGUCUUAUUUGCAUCAAAAUCAGGUGGUGCACUGCGAUCUCAAAGCUGCCAAUAUUCUAACGACGAAGGCAGGCAACGUCAAGUUGACCGAUUUCGGAGUAUCGCUAAAUCUGAAAAUGAAAAACGUAGAAGAUGGUGUUGUUGCGGGAACGCCAAAUUGGAUGGCCCCGGAAAUCAUCGAAUUGAAAGGUGCAUGCUUUGAGUCAGACAUAUGGUCUCUUGGUUGUACCAUCAUUGAGCUAUGUACUGGCAAGCCUCCAUAUGCUCAUCUGAUCUCUAUGGCGACCCUCUUUCGCAUUGUUGAAGACGACUGCCCUCCUCUACCUGAUAAUAUAUCUGAGGAUCUGCGUCACUUCCUGCGACUAUGCUUUCAAAAGGUUCCUUCGGAUCGGCCAACUCCAGAGGAGCUCAUGGGCCAUACUUGGAUUCAAAAUAAUGUCUACAUGUUGCCAUCAGACAAACCCUCAGACGCAAAUCAACAGCGACAUCAAGCACUCAAACGGCACACAACUGCACCUGAAGGUCUACUGAUGCAGCAAAAGCAACUUACCAAUCCUGAUACCCUGGACAACGCUAAACCAAGCCCAUAUAGACAGUCCAACUAUUCUGAAGGAAAUUUGCCCGCUUUAUCAGCUGUUGACAAAGCUUUACCUGAGAUACCAGUAAGCGACCACCAAGCGCCAUCAUCACGCAGUGUUGGCUACCUUGUGUCUAAAGGGGCCGGGGGCGUCACAUCAAGACUGUUCUCUAGAGCCAGCAAACGUUUCUCGAAGGAGAUUGAGUAUUCUGAAGUUCACCGCUUUAUCAAAACCUCAUUCUCUAAAUCUGUUGUAUGCAAGGCAUGCCUACAACUUAUCAAGAAGCAUGCUUUAUUCUGUGAAGAUUGCUCUCUCAUUUGUCAUGAAAAGUGCAAGCAAGAUACAUCUCUGUGUUCCAUCUAUGUUGUAGGAAGGCCAUCCUUGGACGAGGUAAGUCGUGGUACUACUUGUCACUGCGAUUUUUGACUGUGCAGCAUUUUUAAUGAAUAAUAAU